AGGAUUAGUUGCUCUGUGAUCAGCAGGAUGGCACUUGCCCCAUGAGAUGUUCCGACCUAAUGCCUGGAUCUGCUGUGAAUCAGAAGCUACAUCUGGAAAGUAGCAGUACAAGUCCAGCUCUCCAGGGACACCCAUGGCAAUGAAAGCAGGCUUGGAUGACAAAAUGACAGAUACCAGCAACUUGGAUGAGAUAUUACUAGAAUGGGAGAAAAUAUUAAAGGAUAUAAAAAUACCUGCUUUUUUUAACAAGAUGCCCCAAGAGACUGGGAAGACUUUCCUUCACUCCAAACAAGUUGGGAAUUACCUAGUAGGCAAGAUGAUCAACAAGGGCUCCUUUGCCAAGGUGAUGGAGGGACUGCACAUUCCCACAGGGGAGAAGGUAGCCAUAAAAGUCAUUGACAAGAGGAAAGCCAAGCAGGAUUACUAUGUUUUAAAAAACAUGAAGCGUGAGCCGCGAAUACACCAGAUGGUUAAGCACCCCAACAUUGUUCGGCUAUAUGAGACCUUGGAGACUGACAACUCCUAUUACAUGGUGAUGGAGCUGUGCCUCGGUGGGGACCUCCUGGACAGAAUCUGUGACAAAAAGAGGCUGGUGGAACAGGAAGUAAGGAGAUACACCAGGCAAAUUCUGUCAGCAGUAGAGCACCUGCAUUCCCAGGGGAUUGUUCACAGGGACCUAAAAAUUGAAAAUUUUCUUCUUGAUGAGAACAACAACAUCAAAAUCAUUGAGGUGUGAGCAUGUUUGCUAUGCUAACUGGCA